UUUGGCAGGACUUGCGAAGAAUUUUGAAGUACCGUACGAAUUUUUUCAAGGAAUUUCCUGACAAUGAGGAACUUGAGGAAGAAUAUUACAGGAAGAGGCUGGUUCAGAUUAGAAAAUAACUGGGGUCUCUUGAUGAAUGUAGUUCGGCUUACUGUUGUAUCUGUGCUCACUUUUGUAACAAUAAUGAAGCAGGAAAAAUUUUUAUUUAGAGCCUGAAUUUUGGUAUUCGAUUUUAUAAUAAUUUACUUUUUAUCAAAAGGAAUAAAAAGAUACGACUGGGUGGCCAAUUACUGAGGCACUAUCUUAGCAACAAUAAUGUACCUACAGAUGACAGAAAUGAACCUCAAAUUCAAAUAUUUCAGAAUAAAUGAAGGCUAUCUUAUUCAAAUAGCUGCUUCCUUAUAGUGUUCAGUACUUGUGUCACCACAAAUUGGAAAAUAGCUUGCAUAACUCAAACUCUAUUACAUAUCCAUGGACUUUUGAGAUUGGGAUCUAAAUUUGGUACACUUGGAGAUUACUAUUAUCCGUCAACCUUUAUAGCUCUAAUUUUCUUCAUUGUGGGUGCUUACUCAUAUUCAAAAACACUCAAGUUAGAGUUUCUUGCUAAUUAUAAGCAAAGAAAAACAUUAGAAAGUCAGAAAGCAAUCCUCGAUUCUGUUUCUGAAGGAGUGUUGAUUGUUAAUGCAAACAAAGGAGUCAAGUAUCUCAAUCCAAAGAUCAAGGAUACUUUUGAUAUCGGAGCCUUCUACAAGUCUGACUCGGUUGUUAAUGAGAUGAAAGCCACUCAGAUUUUGAUAAGCAAAGAAUUGGAUAGAGCCAUUAAGAAAUACUCAUUUGAGUACUCUAACAUUCACAGACAUGUCAAGAAAGACCCAGAAAAGUUUCUCAGUGACUUGCUCAACGAUUUUGAAGUCACAAUAAUAGACAAUGAGCAAGACCAAAAUGCAGAUAAUCCUAAUGAGAAUGCCCAAAAUGAAUCUCACUCUCAGGCUGAGAGAUUCCUCGAAUAUCGACAAGGCCAACCAACUCUUGCACAAUUCUUGGAGAGUGAGUGCGAAGCUAUCAUGAACAGUAACAACAUCAGCAAAGAAUCAAAGAUUUGAAUGGAAUACAGACAUCUCAAUAUUCACCAUGAAACUCAGAAGCGCGAAUUUGUGAUCAAAACGACUCUAGUUGAAUCUGAUUUAGAGUCAGCAGACGACGUUCUGUUUAUGCACAUGUUUAUUGAUACAACAAAGAUUGGCCAGCUUGAAGAAGCAAAAGCUCAAAACCACUACCAAAGGCAGAUGCUCUCCAAUGUUUCUCACGAAUUCAGGACGCCUCUGAACUCAAUUACUGCUUCAUUAGAGCUUAUGAGGAUGCAAGAGUAUGGGAAGAACAAUCGAUUCCUACAGAUAGCCUCAUCCUCAUGAAGCAUCUUGGGAAUGCUGGUAGAAGACAUUCUUGAUCAUGCAAAAAUAGAAUCAGGAGUGUUUCGAAUUAAUGAAGAAGAGUUUACUAUGACUCAAUGAAUUAAUGAAAUUUAUGAAGUAUUCUCAUUGCAAACAAAUGGAAAAGGUCUAGAGCUAAAGAUUAAUAUUGAAGAGAAGCUAAGAAAUAUGCCUAUUCUAUCAGAUAAGCAAAGGAUAAAACAAGUUCUCAUGAACUUAAUUUCCAAUGCAUUAAAAUUUACUGAUACUGGGUCUAUUACUGUUGAAGUAAGUGAAUCCAACAACGAGUUGGAAGAAUCUAAAAUACAUGAAGAAAGAAAAUAUCUUGAGAAUGAUUCGAUUGAUUAUUCCAAAGUGCACAUUGAACCUUCGGAGCUAUCUGAAAAUCAACAGAUUAGAUAUGAUGUGGAUAAAUAUUCAUUUAGUGUCAAUAAAUCCCUGUUCAAAGUUCAAGAGUCAACUGAAUCUAGACUUCAGAACAAAACAACUAUUACUCUAAAAGUUAUUGAUACUGGAAUAGGCAUUGCUCAAGCCGACCAAAAGUCCCUCUUCAAGUUGUUUGGCAAGCUCAGCUCAAAUCACGAUAGGAACAAGACUGGGUGAGGACUGGGACUAACAAUCUGAAAGAAGCUUAUUGAAAAGCUAGGAGGGACCAUCAGUCUUUCUUCCAAAGAAAAUAUUGGUACUACUGUGGAAUGUAGCUUCAUUUGAAAGUAUUAA